AUGAUGAAUCUUGAAAAUAAUGAUGUGUGUCCUAUAGUAGCAUCAGUACUGAACGUUUUUCGGGUGUUCCCUGUAAGUUCCUGUGGUGCUGAGUUACACACACAUCUACAAACGAUCAAGAAACCGUUUUGUGGAGAAGGAAAAACCCAUACCAAAGAAACACACCCAUGUGUGAACUUCUCCGAGUGGGCAGCUUGCUGUGAUUAUGGACGAAUCCUUAGGGUUUCAACCACUGGGACUGGCGUUUACUGUUCCAGUGGAGAAGGUCCAACUACGACACAAAUAAACCGCAAGACCGGCUGUCAGAGUCACUGGGACAUCAUCUGCUGGUAUCUAAAACCGCGGGCCGGGGAAGGCCCCCGCGAAGCUCCUGCUGCAGAACGAACGUGGCACAAAUGUUCGGACGCUUCGCUUCCGUGUCAGGGAGCACAGCGGAGCGUCCCUGCGCAUCGCGCUCUCACCGUCUGCCGUUGCACGGUGCGCAGAACCCGUUGCGGCUCGUCCCGUGCGCCGCUGCUCGGUCCCCGUUCCGGUUACGCCCCCUGGCGGCUUCGUCUGGUCACACCCCUGGGCGGGGAGGGGCGGGGCGGGGCCCUGGCGGCGCGGGUGUGGCACUGCGCGUGCUCGCGGCGGCCGUGUCGCGAGGGGGUCCCGCCCGGGGCUGAGCGGGGCGUGGAGCGCACGGCGCGGUUCGGCCUGAGGCUGCUGCACACGCAGCGCCGGCGGCUGCUCCAGCGGCGGGGCCGGACCGGACCGGGCGGCUCCAGCGGCGGAGGCCUCGCUGCCGGCGGGGCUGCCGGCGGGGCUGCCGGGGCGAAGCCGCCCGUUCCCGGCAGAGGAGGUGGGGCGGCGGCGCUGCCAUCUCCCUGCGGGGCUUACCCACCUGUCCGCUGUGCUGGUCGGUUCGCAGGCGCCGGCACCGCUCCUCUGUUGUAACAAUGGUAGUCGUUUCUUGCUAUUAUUUAACUAAUUCUUUAUUAUUUUCUUUACUACGUAUCGCAGUAUCCGAGUUCCCUGCUGAGGUCAACAAACUGGUUUGAAUUGCAGCACGGUAUUUGCUUUACUAGAGACGUGAACCACGUUCAGCUGGUUAUGGAUUUGGGGUUUGUGUUUGGUUUUUUGGGCUGGUUGGUUUUGGUGCUGUUCGGUUUCCUUGGCUUGGCCUUUGCAAUAGCUUUAAGGGCCGUUAUCCGGGAUGUGCUGAGAUGUUGUGCCGGCGGAGCGGCUGGUGCCGCCCUCUACGGCAGCUGCUCCGCGAGUUCGAGACCCCUCAGCGGCUCCUGUGCCCCGAGCGGGGGCUGCAGCCCGCUCAGCACCCCUGGGCCUGCUCGCAAAGCCUGUGUCCUGUCAAGCAGGAACAAUUUGUUCAUAUUAUAUUUUUUUUGGGGUGGAGCAACUAUAAGAAGGAUUAUAAAUUAUUCUAACAGUUGUUGAAAUGCAUCCUGAGGUACCUACAUCUCCAUUAGGUAUAAGCUGGGAACAGGUAACAUGUUCUCAGGUAAUGAGCAUGAUCGGUCAUGAAUCCUACCAAAAAAAACCCAAACAAAACAAGGCAAAAAAAUCCCUUAGAUUGCUAAUUUGAGUAGGGCAUAAUUUAUGUGUUAAAUGUUGGUUUUAAAAAAAUACCCGCAGAUGGUUUGGUUCAUCUGGUCUUUACAUUAUGUUUUCCCCAUGUUACGCCAGAUUCAGUACAUUCUAAGAUAACGGCAAAGUCUCUUUGGCCAAACUUUGAAUUAACUUAUUCCAAAAUCUACAUGAAUGCUGUUUGGAUUUGUAUGUGUCUAAAACUUUAAAAAUUCAGGUAUUGAAUCCCUCUUUAUUUUUUCUUUGCUUUUUAAGAUUAAAUAUAUAUAUAUAUCUCUCCAACCUAAAUUAAGCAUGUGAUACUAGUUUUUAGUCAGGAGAACUGAAAAUCAGUAAAAUGCUGUACAAUGAUUUUUUCUCAAAUCAUUCUUCAGUUUCAGUAAGAAAUUUUGCAGGACUUAAUGUGGAUAAGUCUUAAGACGCGUGUAAGAGAAACUGCAGAUAACAAACAUGUCCCAGAUCAUUGUGUGAGUUCUGAGAGUUGAGCCCCAUAAAUUCAAAGGGAGCUCUUUCUACUGCUGCAGAGUUUUUGGGCUUGAUUCUUUGUUUUCUUUUAUUGUCCUUUUUUUCUAAAAAGAACGGUCACCGUAAAAAAAAAAAUGAACAUGUGUAUAGUUUCAGAUACGGAUUUUAAAGCAGUUGGGCCGAUGUGAGAGAGAACUGGCUAAGAGCGUUCUUUCAUUAAUCUAGAAUUCAUUAGAAUACAAAAUUAUGUGUUGUAAAGUAACUUAUAGUACUUCCGGCCAACAAUGUAAACAAAUAUUUUUGUUGGUGCUGCAAGUGAUGUCAUUGUGGAAAAUAACCAUAUGGAUACAGGCUUGUUUUCAAAUCAGACUGAUCGUUAUUUCGUUUUAUACUGUAGAGAGCUUUUCUGGAAUGACAUCGAAGUUUAACUUUCUUACUAUAAAGAGAUUAUAUCAAAGCAAUUAAGUUUUCUAAGCUGUAUAUAUAUUGCUUUCUGAAUAAAAAAUGAUUGAAAUAUUUUUUUCAGUGAAGUGAUGCACAAUUUAAUAUGUGUGUUUACAAGAGUUGUUUUUUCCUCCCUUCCUCAGAAUCAUAUUCUGGGGACAAAAGUUCUUGUGUAGAAAAUACCAGCACACUGAAGCUCAUGAGUUCUGUGCGAGGCCUGAACAGCGCGUGUGUCAGAAAAACCCCCUCUCUUCCAGCAGGUCUGUGUGUGUAAUUACCAUAUGUAACCUAAAAUACCUAUUGUAUUCACCUCUUAGUUGCAUUUAAAAGAAGAGUUAAUAUUGUGAUCCGCUGCUACUGAUGGGCCAGGGGUUAUUCUGAGUAGAAGAUUCAGAAUAACAAUUACAUUAUCAGCUGGCCUCGGAUGGAACUUUAUGUGAAUGCUGUUGCUGACAUCUUAUGGCCGGUAGAAUAAACGAAGGUUCAGACUCGGUUGUGUGCAGCAUCAAAGAGUUCGCUCAGGUGGUGGCCAGUUGCAGUUCUAACAGCCUUUUAAUCUUAAAUUCUUAGAUAAACUCUGAUUCUGAUCUUGCUCUUCCAGAUUUCUGGUAGGAUUAGUUUUGAUUCUUGGAGUACAAACGGAGUUUACUCAGAAGAAAAUGACAGGUUUGGUGUGUUCUGUGUUCUCAGCAGGAUUGUUCUGUUAUUUCAUUACUCUUAUUUCAUUGCUUUUCGAGAGCAAAUUCUGUGAGGAACGACGUAAGGUAAUGGUGGAAAAGAACGUAAAUAAUCACAACGAAGCAAGUGGAGUUCAUUGGUGUCUAGAUGUCUGUGCUAUCAAAAUCUAAUACUGUUUAGAUGGUUUUGGAAGGUUAAAUGGGGCAUUCCUUAUCUAUGCAAGUGUUUUUCAUACUUUGAGUACUUUAACUUUCAGCUGAACCAUUAAAGACUAAAAUUUACAUCAUGAGUGGCGUUUCCAGUUUGAGAAGUUACACCAAAACGUAUGCAGCAGCUGGUUUUCGGUAUGAUCAUUGCUUAAAAAUCAAUGGAACAAGUAGACAAAAAGUUUAAAAGAAUCCCUUCCUAACCGGUGCACAGACUCAAUAUAAAAAUCUGCUAUUGCAGACACUAAUCUUGGUGCAGAGUUCAAAGGAAUUACAUACAUUUUAGAUGUUUCUCGCUAGUGACAUAGUUUUAAAAUUAUGGUCUGUGUAGGAAUGAAGUGACUCAACCCAUAUCCUUACGUAUGCCAUUGCUAUGAAUGUCAACUGCGGCAUCCACUUGCAUGAAUAUUUCUUUCAAAACAAAUACCAAGUUUUGUCCUUGUAUUUUUAAACGCUAAUUGUUAACAAGCCAUGGAAGCAAUACUUUCACCUAAUAAACUAAUGAGAUAGGAAUAGAAACCAUAAAAUAAAGCACCUUUUAA